AGAAAGAAACUAUCUAAAUUAAAGACAAUAAAUCAAUCAAUUUAUAAUUUAACUAAAAUGUCCAGCUCCAAACUCCCUGAAGAAAAUAAAGGGAAUCAAAAUCAUGAAUAGACAAAAGCAGCUGAGAACCAUGAAGAAAAGUAGAACCAUUAAACAGAAAAUCAUAAUGCUGAGAAUUAACAUGAAUAAUAAUAAUAGCAUUCUAACUAGUAAAAUAAGCAUGAAGCUCAUCAUAAAUAAGAUAAGGAGAAUUAAAAUGCGCACAAUAAAAAUGCAAAUUCAUCUUUAGAAAGAUAAAACCCUCAUUAAACUAGCAGUUCUAUGUAUAAGUAGAAUUAAUCAACCUAACAAAAAGAAUAUGAGGUUCCUGUUGUUGAAGAGAUUAACAUUGGAGCUCUUACACCUAAGAGUCGCGAAGCUUGUCGCCGUAUAGGCUUAUCCCCUGAAGAUUUAAGAAAAAAAUAAGAUUAAGAAAUUGCUCAUUUAGUGAAAUUAAAAACUGGUGCUAAUCAUGUUGAUCAAAAUACAAUUAAUAUGUUUUAAGCUCAUUUCGAAAAAAAGAGAUAAAAGAAAAUCAAUCAAAUGAAAGAAGCACGUAAGGAAGUUGAAGAGGAUGAAAAGAAUGGAUUAUGGCCUAACAAUAACAACGCAAAUAAUUAAUCAUAAAUGAAGUCUUCUUAUUAUAACAAUGAAGGAUCUCAAAUGAAUACUACUUAAAUGGGAAGUAUUAGCUUAGUUGAUAAAGAGAGAAAAAUGUUUGAAAAAAUAAAACGCAGAUAACAAUAGGAAAUAGAAAAAAUGAUUGAAUAUGAAAAGAAAAUGGAAGAAAUAAGAUAGAUAAAUGAAGAAAAAAUAAGACAAUAAAACGAUAGAGAAGCUAAGCGUUAAGAUGAACUUAGAAUGAAGAAAAGAGAAUAAGACGAAAAAAGAGUUAAGUUAGAAGAAGAAAGAAGAAAGAGAGAAUAAGAAGAAGAAUUGGAAAAUAGAAAAAAGUAAGCUUUGGCCUUUGAAAAAGAGUAAGAAAGAAUCAAAUAAUAGUAAGAAAGGGAAAAGGAAAAGAGAAAAGAUAUUUAAAAAAAGGAGCAAGAAAAUGCAGAGAGAUAAGAAAAGUUAAGAUAAUAAACUGAGUCAAUUUUACAAAAGCAAUAAUUGUUAAUUGAAGAAAGGAGAAAGAAAAUGGAAGAGUAAGAUAAAAAGAGAAUAAGUGCUAUUAAUGAAAUGAAUUAUACGAGAAAGGUAUAUGCAGAAGAAAAGAGAAAGCAUCAUGAAUAAAGAAUUGAAUAGUGCAAAAAAACAAAUGAUGAUAUUCUAAUUACUAAAAGAAUUGAAUUCGAAAAGAAAUAAAAGCAUGUUGAAGAAAAACGUAAGGAAUUUGAAAAAAUAAAAUAUGAGACUCUUUAUGAAAGAUAGCAAAAAGCUUAAGAAAAAUAAAUGAAAAUAUCUACUGUGUUAUUAACUAACGAAUAAAAAGAAGAAUAAAAAAAGAAGCAAUAUUAUGAUAAACUAGAAUAAUUAUAAAAGAGAAAGGAAGAAAUUAACAAGUAGAUCUAGCAUGAGUAAUCUGAAAGAUAAAGAUACUUCUAAGAAAAAGAACAGAAGAUAUAAUAAACCUUAAAAAACAAUGAGACUUUGAUGGAGUCUAAAAAGUUGACUUUACUAAAAAGAUUUGGAGAAACUGAUUAAAAGGUAUUGACAGCUUAACAAAGAAAAUAACAGGAAUUAUAGGAAAAAUUAAACAAACAACUUCUAAAAGAAUUGGAUAAGGAAGAAAAUAUUAAAAGAAUGGAAAACAUUUAAGAAUUAAAGAAACAGAAACUCUUAGUCAAAAUUGAAAAGGAUAACCUCAAGAGAUAAAUUAUUGAGAUGGAGAGAUAAAAAAUGAUUAAGCUAAGUGAAUAAGUUAGAAGAUAAAUGGAAGAAAAAAGAGAGUAGUAAAUGAAGGAAUGGGAAUAACAAAGAAAGAAAAAAAUUAGAGAACUUUAAAACAUGAGCAGAGAUUAGUUCAGAGGAGGCAGCCAAACAAAUUUGGAAGAUCAACACGAUUAGAAUAAUGAUCACCACGAUCAUGAAGAGCAUGAAAGAUAAUUCAAUUAAGCUCAUGAAAAAAAUAAUCAUAAUCACGAGUAGUAACAUUAAUAAUAAGAAAAUUAGCAGGAGAAAGAAUCAGAAAGCCCUGCUAAAUAAGAAGUUAAAUAAGAAAAUUAACAUUCUUGA